GAAAGGAAAUUCUCUUUAAACAGCGUUUUAAAAUUUUCAUCAUUUUGGACAGGCUUGUGAGUUUACCGUUGUGCCACAGUAAGGCAGCUUUGGUAAGGUGGCUGGUCCCUUGCCGCUGCCAAACCUAAUGGUUAACCAGAGGAUGGGUCGGAAAAAGGCAUAAUAGUCCAGGUUAGCUACUGCCAAAGAGGGAAAUUGAAACUCAUCUUUUAUGGAAUAAAAUCCAGGAUAUAAAAAUAGGGUGCCAAAAAAAAAUAGGGUUCAAACUGAAAGUCACAAACAGCAUCUAGGUUCUGUCAAAUACUGUGCCGGGCGCGGACUAGGUCUCUUCCAGCAGACAUACUGUAUUCAGAUAAUUUGUUUUUAUCAUUAGAAAAUGAAAGACAAUCUAAGCCAGAAUGACCUGAAAAAAUUUAAUUAUCUUGAGAGUUGUGCCGUAAUACAUAUACUUUGGAAAACAAACACUACUAUAGCUUUUCCAAGUUGGUAGAAAACCAAAAGUUUCCCGAAAGCCUGUGCAGAUUCCUAAUCAUUUUGGGGUCUACAAUGUCCAGAAUGUUCUUUUAUGUAGUAAAAACUUCAUAUUGUUUUGUGUGCAAGGUAAUAAGAACCAGACAGUUCAGUUCCUUUAAGGGCUGUAUUCUAUUAGGAGAGACAAAGAAACGUGAAAAGUUAUAUAAUGGUAAGAAAUGUAAGUUACAGCUUGAGAUAUUUGAAGAUAUCGAAAAUCCUUUAUUUGGCAUGGAAAGUGCUGGUGAAUGCUUGAAAUGAGUGCCCCUCAGCUGAUUGUUGCCAUGUGGGAAUGUGGGUCCCUCAUACACAGAUAUGAUUUUCUCCAACACAGGCCAAAAAUCUCUCUCUUUAUGCUUUUUCUUGAUUUUUAAUAUUGUUGGCAACCUGCAGUUAUGCACUCACACACCCUCUGUGGGCCAGGAACAGGGAGUUUGUGACAUCUGCAGAUUAUCACCUGAGUACUCAGAAAUAAUUGGAAUCAAAAGAGCAAGAAAUUCCUGGAAACUGAUAGGAAGGGAUUUAAGAAAACUGGGGUUUAAGCUGGGUUGAAAUGGAGAGGUGUCAUGGAGGGGAAAGAUGUAACGAGUGAGUAAAAUCUCAGUGGGGAAAGUGAACAGCAGGUUUGGAAGAUAAUUAGUAAACUCUCCUUAGGAGGGGUCUGAGAAGGCAAGUACAGUAAAUGGAGGAAAACUGCUUUGGUAAACCCUUCAAUACCAGACUGGACUUUAUCCUCCGGCACUGGUUCUCAAAUUUGAGCUUACAUCAGAAUCACCUGGCAGGCUUGUGAGACGGUGGCAGGCUUGGCCUCCACCUUCAGAGUUCCUGAUUCCGAAGGUCUGGGGUGGGGCUUGAGAAUAUCCCCUUCUUACCAGCUCUCAGUUGAUGGAGAUGCUACUGGUCUUGGGAGCACACUUUAAGAACUACUGUCCUAGGGUGUGGGAAACUAUUGGAGGAAUUUGAGGUGGAUUAGUAAGGAGAUCACAUUCAUGGUUCAGUAUGAGUCUUGCUGUGACGUCCAAGAUGGAGGACUGGGGAAGAGAGAAAAGAAGGUUCCUUAAAGUUGAUGAACACCUGUCGAUGCCAGGCCCUCCCAUGCACGCAAUUUCAUUUCAUACUCACUUUGACCUUGAUGUGGAGUCACGAAUUGCACUGAACCAAAAAACGUCCAGCCAUUUCUUCAGUUACAAGCAAAAUGAAUAUUCCCAUGCUGCUCCAACAUCCUCAUCGGGACUUCCUUAAAGUCCUCUUAAGAACACUUUACCGACGUUACCACUUCAUCUUACCCUCAAGUACUCACCUCAGAUCAGGAAUCCCAUGUGCUCAGCCAUUCAGUUCUCUCGGACUCCAUCAUGCAAAGCGGAUGCUGCCGUCAAAUGGUUUAACAAGAAAAUUAUGUCUACAAACAACCUUAAAGGAACAGACAGAAGGACUUUCUGAUAAAGAACAAAGGCUUGUGGAUGAGCUUUAUACUGGUUUAAUCCAAGGGCAAAGGGCCUGCUUGGCAGAGGCCAUAACUCUUAUAGAAUCAACUCACAACAGGAAGAAAGAGCUAGCCCAGGUGCUUCUUCAGAAAGUGUUAGUCCGCCACAGAGAACAAGAGAAAUUAAAUAAAGGAAAACCAUUAGCAUUUCGAGUGGGAUUGUCUGGGCCUCCUGGUGCUGGGAAGUCAACCUUUAUAGAAUAUUUUGGAAAAAUGCUUACUGAGAGAGGGCACAAAUUAUCUGUGCUGGCUGUGGACCCUUCUUCUUGUACUAGCGGUGGAUCACUCUUAGGUGAUAAAACCAGAAUGACUGAGUUAUCAAGAGAUAUGAAUGCAUACAUCAGGCCAUCUCCUACUAGAGGUACUUUAGGAGGUGUGACAAGGACUACAAAUGAAGCUAUUCUGUUGUGCGAAGGAGGUGGAUAUGACAUAAUUCUUAUUGAAACCGUGGGUGUGGGGCAGUCGGAGUUUGCUGUUGCCGACAUGGUUGACAUGUUUGUUUUACUACUGCCACCAGCAGGAGGAGAUGAAUUGCAGGGUAUUAAAAGAGGUAUAAUUGAGAUGGCAGAUCUGGUGGCUAUAACCAAAUCUGAUGGAGACUUGGUCGUGCCAGCUCGAAGGAUACAAGCAGAGUAUGUGAGCGCGCUGAAAUUACUCCGCAGGCGUUCAGGAGUCUGGAGACCAAAGGUAAUUCGUAUUUCUGCCAGAAGUGGAGAGGGGAUCACUGAAAUGUGGGAUACAAUGAAAGAAUUCCAGGAUGUGAUGCUUGCCAGUGGGGAGCUGACUGCCAAGAGACAGAAGCAGCAGAAAGUUUGGAUGUGGAACCUCAUUCAGGAAAAUGUGGUAGAACAUUUCAGGACCCACCCCACAGUCCGGGAACAGAUUCCUCUUCUGGAAAAAAGGGUUCUCAGGGGGGCCCUGUCCCCAGGACUAGCAGCAGACCUGUUGUUGAAAGCUUUUAAAAGCAGAGACUAAUGAAAUACAUCCUAUCCAAUAACUUUAUAUAUCUUUUCAUACAUAUAAAGUUAUUGGAUAGGAUGCACUUCAUUUUAAUAAAGUAUUUUAAUUUUAAAAGUCA